CAAUUUUAAGUGUAUUUUGGUUUUCUCCUAUGGCUUUGCAAAGAGUGGCGAUGAAGACAAAAUUGAACGUCCACAACAUGCAGUUGCUGCUGCUUGUUCUCUUGGUGUGGGACCCAGCCAGGUUGGUGCUGGCUAACAUCCAAGAAGAUGAAGCUAAAAAUAACAUUACCAUCUUUACGAGAAUUCUAGACAGACUUCUGGAUGGUUAUGAUAAUCGGCUUAGACCAGGACUGGGAGACAGUAUUACUGAAGUCUUCACUAACAUCUACGUGACCAGUUUUGGCCCUGUCUCAGAUACAGAUAUGGAAUAUACAAUAGAUGUUUUCUUUCGACAAAGAUGGAAAGAUGAACGUUUAAAAUUUAAAGGUCCUAUGAAUAUCCUUCGACUUAACAAUUUAAUGGCUAGUAAAAUAUGGACUCCAGAUACCUUCUUUCACAAUGGGAAAAAAUCAGUAGCUCAUAAUAUGACAAUGCCAAAUAAGCUGCUUCGAAUCCAGGACGAUGGCACUCUGCUGUAUACAAUGAGGCUUACAGUUCAAGCUGAAUGUCCAAUGCACUUGGAGGAUUUCCCAAUGGAUGCUCAUUCAUGCCCUCUGAAAUUUGGCAGCUAUGCGUAUACAACCUCAGAGGUCACUUACAUUUGGACUUACAAUGCAUCUGAUUCAGUGGAGGUUGCACCCGAUGGCUCCAGGUUAAAUCAGUAUGAUCUGCUGGGCCAGUCAGUUGGGAAGGAGACAAUUAAAUCCAGUACAGGUGAAUAUACCGUAAUGACAGCUCAUUUCCACUUGAAAAGAAAAAUUGGGUAUUUUGUGAUUCAGACAUAUCUGCCUUGCAUCAUGACUGUCAUUCUCUCCCAAGUGUCAUUCUGGCUAAACAGAGAAUCAGUGCCUGCAAGGACUGUGUUUGGAGUGACAACUGUUCUUACUAUGACAACUCUAAGCAUCAGUGCUCGGAAUUCUCUCCCUAAAGUGGCUUAUGCUACUGCCAUGGACUGGUUCAUUGCCGUUUGCUAUGCGUUUGUGUUCUCCGCCCUAAUUGAAUUUGCAACUGUUAAUUACUUCACCAAAAGAGGAUGGGCUUGGGAUGGGAAGAGUGUAGUAAAUGACAAGUCCCCUUCAAUAAAAGCUGAAGGCAUUACAUUAACAUACAACUCAGUGAAAGCAAUUCUUCAAGGAGCUAAGCUAAUAUGGUCCAAGUAUAUAGCUUUCUCAUGGCCCAAUUUAAUCCAAGAAAAGACUUUAGAGUACUUAGAGAAGUGGAUGGACAGUUUAACCUUCAGACGAUCUUCUAAAAAAGAGAAAGCCUCUGUCACGAUACAGAACAAUGCUUACGCAGUGGCUGUUGCAAAUUAUGCCCCGAAUCUUUCAAAAGAUCCAGUUCUCUCGACCAUCUCCAAGAGCGCAACCACGCCGGAACCGAACAAGAAACCAGAAAACAAGCCAGCGGAAGCCAAGAAGACCUUCAACAGUGUUAGCAAAAUUGACAGAAUGUCUAGAAUAGUUUUCCCAGUUUUGUUUGGCACAUUUAAUUUAGUUUACUGGGCUACAUAUUUAAACAGGGAACCUGUAUUAGGGGUUAGUCCUUGAAUCUAGAUACAGAUUAUCUUUGGGAUGUAUAGCAACAUUAAAUUUGGUUUGUUUUGCUAUGUACAGUCUGACUAAUAACUGCUAAUUUGAGAACCAACAUGUACAGUAUGUAUAUAGUGAUGUAGCUUACCGGUAGGCCUCUAAUGGAGACAUGCAUUUGCUAACUCAUGGAACUGCAGGCAGAAAGCACUCCAUGCCAAAAGAGCCAUUGCCUUUUUAAAAGAUUUGCCCUAGGACCUGGUUUAAAGUGGAUUUAAUAUCAACUGAUUUUUUUCCUCUUCUAAUAGCGAUGAAAAUGGAGAUCCUAUACAGCCCAUUAUGGACCCUUUUGGUUUAGGUCUGAAAUAGGAGUAUUUUCUAUUAAUCCUGAUGAAAGAUAACAUCAUCAUUCAUAGAUGAUUCUUCUAAAUAGCAGAACCUCAUAUCUGCACCAUCAGUUCCCUUCAUAAGUGCUCACGAUCUCUGCUAGUGUGAUUGGAGGCUUGCCACCCAUAAGAAGAAAAACUAGAGAUUUGAAAUCAGCUUUUAAUUACUCUGUAUAGUGUCUAUAGCCAUGUACAUAUUACAGCAUGACAAGCUCGAAUAAUUAUGAGUCACCCCGACAGGAUGUUAAUUAUGCCUACAUUUUAAUAACUAUUGGAAUGUCACGGCCAUUACAUUUUUAGCUUCAGAGUUUAUUUGAACAUAAGAAUUGAAAUCCUACAAUUUAUUUCAAUCAUUGGAAACUACCUUA